CAUCCGGUGCGACUAGCAAUUUCCGGCGACGGCCAUUUUAUACGACGCUCGAUGUACAUCCGAUCAUUCGAUGUACUUUUAACAACUAGUUUGUAAGAUCGUGUUUAAGAGUAUUCGCGAAAACCGGCUCUCGGCAAAAUGAUAAAGACGGAAGACAGUCAAGCACAGAAUAAUGAUGACAGAGACAGAAGCAGAGAGCGUGACCGUAAUCGAAGGUCAGACAGACCAAACCGUAUAAACUCAGCUAGCCGUGAUCGUAGUAGGGAGAGAAAUGAUCGCAGUGGCAGAAAAGCAUCUGACAGACGGAUUUAUGUAUCAAACAUUCCUUAUGAUUUUCGCUGGCAAGAUUUGAAGGAUCUGUUUAGAAAUGAGGUUGGCAAGGUAGCACAUGUAGAGCUUUUUACGGAUGAAAAUGAUAAGCCCAGAGGAUGUGGAAUAGUAGAAUUUGAGGAUUCAGAUUCUGUUAAAAUAGCAGUAGAUAAAAUGCAUCGAUAUGACAUUAAAGGAAGAAAGCUUGUUGUUAAAGAAGAUUUUGAUGUGGAACGUGAUAAGUAUGGUCGUCUAGCUACUGGUCGCAACAAUGAUAGAAAUCGAGAUGACAGAUUCCGAGAUCCUCCGAGACCACAAGGAGGUGGAAGGCAAAAUAUGUCUGCACCCAGUGGUGGCGGUGGCGGUGGUGGAAGUAGUGGUGGAGGCGGCGGUGGCGGCGGUGGCGGAGGUGGCGGCGGUGGUGGUGACAAUAAAUUCGGAAACACUUACGGUCUUAGUACGCAAUUCUUAGAAUCACUAGGUAUCAAUGGUCCUCUGGUUACAAGGGUUUUUGUCGCCAAUUUGGAUUAUAAAGUCGACGAAAAGAAGUUGCUCGAAGUUUUUAAAUUGGCGGGAAAAGUAUUGCAUGUUGAACUGGGCAAGGAUAAAGACGGUAAAUCGAGAGGUUUUGGAGUCGUCGAAUACGAUCACCCAGUGGAGUCUGUCCAAGCCAUAUCUAUGCUUCAUAAUCAACAGCUGUAUGACAGACGUAUGACUGUUAGACUUGACAGGGCUAAUGAACCGGACAUGCCACCCAAACUGCCGGAAGGUUUGAAGGGAAUUGGUAUGGGGCUUGGUGCAGGUGGUAACAGAUUGUUGGACGUAGCUAGAAACAUUCCCAAUGUUCAAGCGAAUAAUCCACCGGUGGUGAAUCCGAUUUCGGCGCCUGUCUUAGCAGCGGGUGCUUUUGGCGCUGGCUUAAACAAUGUUGUGCCUGCACAAUUAGCAUCAGCAUUGUCAAACACGAAUGCCGCAGCUCUCCAGGCUAGUCUUGCCGGUGCCGGUUUGAGUGCCAAUCUCACUACUAGUUCGUUGUUGAAUUCGUCCCUGACGAAUGAAUUGGCAUCCAAUUUAAACAAUUUCGGCGGUGGCGUAGGUAGUCUGAGCGGUCUCCAAGCAUCCUUGGCUGGUGGACAAGGGAAUAAUUCGUUUACCCCUCGUGGAUUAUCGAAAUUGGAUAAUGACAUAGGAUUCGGCGGUAACAACGCCUUCGGCGGUUCCAAUUUCGGCAACAGUGGCAGAGAUUUCGACGGUGGAUUUAGCAGAGGAGACGGCGAUCGCGUUUCUGGCGGUGGUGGCGGUGGUUUCUCUGGGAAUCAAGGCCAAAGUGGAGGUGGCAACCGGCAAAAUUCCAACGGUUCACGACCGAUGUCAGAUACUAUCCUCAUAGGCAAUCUACCUCCAAACACCACAUGGCAAAUGCUACGUGAUAAAUUUCAAGAUGCUGGAGAGGUAAAAUUUGCAGAAAUGAGAGGUGCUGACAUGGGCAUGGUACGAUUCGCAUCUGAAUGGGAUGCUGAGCGUGCUGUGACUAUGAUGAAUCGAUCACGCAUUGAUGGGAGGACGAUUGAUGUGCGUCUAUACUAAAAAGCCAAGAGAUAGUCUCGACGGAUUCAAGCGUAAGGAAGCUGGGUGUUUGUGUGUCGUCUGCAGGAUUGUUCCACUCCUGAUGACAAUACUCGAAAUCCUAGUUAUCUGGCAGAGAACUUAGGACAGUGAAUGCGAAGUAUCUGUCUUCAGAAGAUCAGCAAGUCGUGUUUAUGUGAUGGCUACUCAACGUUGAAACGGUCGUGUCGACUACUGACGAUCACCCUCGCAUCCUUCUCUCUUUACCGUCUCUAACUUUUCGAUUCUUACAUUGUUUAUCACCAAAUUAUCGUUCCUUUUUACAAUGGAAGUCUUUACUCUAAUUGUUCACUUCUUAAAUCAGUUUUUUCUAGCGACUCGUAGUUGCUUAGGCUUAGGUUUCAUGAUGAUCUUACUAUAAGUCAGUAGGUUUCUUUUCAGUGUGUAGGUUAUUUACAGUUACUACUUACAGGUUAUUUACAGUAAUUAGUAGCGAAUCUAUAGUCUGUAAGUCUUUACUUCUUAGUUAUGUCAUGAUAAGAGAUUGAUCGGUUCUCCAUCGUUCCGGGCUAAAGUGAUGCUUCGCUCGCUUCACACAGCUGGGUCCACACCAAGCAAGGGAUAGAAAUCGAAAGGAUAAUCUUUCGAUCGUAAAAAUGCACUUUUAAACGCUGUAAAAUCGUUAUUCCCUCGAAUAGCUAAGACUCCCGGCUUGCGAGAUAUCAUAGGUACGUUCGUUUACAAUCAUAUUUUAUUAUGCAGAUGAUCAUGGACUAUGUGUUGGAUUUUUCAUCGCAUUGUUCGUACUUUCUUAUACAAAACAAAAGGCAAUAUCGUGAUGUUUGACAGGGAACAGCGUUUCGUCGUCAUGAUUUUUGCGAAUUACAUAAUUUAUUAUUAUUAUUUUUUGUUUUUGCUGUACUACACUCGUAUUACUGUUGCAUCACUAUAAACGAUUUUAACGACCUAAGUGCAGCAUAUGAGAAAUUUCCUAUAGUCGCCACUUUUUAGAAAUUCUUCCUCGGUUCAAACUCGCUUCGAGACUUCGGCGAACAAAACAUUGGAUGCCUUUAUAACACUGGAUGAUUAAAUUUUCGCUAAAUUGUUCAGCGUUUUAUGCACCGUAGUAUGUUUACCAAAAAGUAAACUUGAAAUGAAGAAGCUUCUUCAAACGUCAAUGUCGAUUUUACGACGUUUUAAUCUUUUUUUGGUCUCUAUUUUAAUUGUUUCGCAUGCAAUGGACGGAAUCGCGCUUUUGUAAAAGUUUCCGGGAUAUUUAUUAUUUUUGGUAAACAUAACUCUUCUCUCGCCAUGUAGAUCUCGAGGAACAUUCUGUGCAUUGUAUAAUUACUCUUGUAUAACCACAGUCUCAGUGAUUGAAUAAAAUCCAAAUCCGUUUUGACUAAAAAAAAAAAAAAAAAAAAAUAUGCUGGUCGUUGUGUUUUAUUUCUGUGCUGUUGUAUGAACUUUUAUUACAAUGUUUUUAAACGGCGUGUCACUCUUGUGUCGGUUCGGAUGGAUCUUGUCAAGUGAGUUCAUCACGUGUUUAAAUGUAACGCGUUUGAAGAAAAGCAGACAAGAAACAAGUGCUCCAUAAACAUGUUACAUUUGAAUACGGAUACGAGUCCAUUCGUUUAUCAAGACAUCUUUAAAUACAGAGAUCUCCCGAUUAUCUUCCGCAUAUUGGGACGUCGAUAAUCUGCGCAGUGGGGAAAAAAUGCUCGUUCACACAUCGCAGGUGAGAUACUUUUUUCAGAAGAUUUUCUUCUCCGAAUUUCCAAAGACGUUCCGAGAAGAAGAGAGAGAGAGAGAGAGAGACGAUUAUCUGUCCCCGAUUAUAGCAACACGAUUAUUUGUUCUGUUAUUAAAGAUGUUUAUUAAAAGCAAUUUAAAAGCAAAAUUUACCAGAAUCUAUCCGUAUGUAAUGUUGUCAACAAAAUAUGUUCUUCGUCUCCAAUAGUUUUUAAUGGAAUUUUUUAUAUAUGGAUGAAAAUGAGCUGGAUCGAUGAAUUUUAAUAGAAGGAUGACCGAGAAAGGGCUGAUGUUAACACGGGAUGUGUGAUUUUUCGUCGGUUCUUCAACGUGGUGCGGGUGAUUCUGUGUGUUCUGUGAACUGUAGAAUUAUGGACGAGAUCUUCUAUGCGUAUCGAUGAUUUGUAUUCAAUUCCAAUGUAUAGUUUUUGUUACAAUCUCUGUCGAUCUGUCGAUCGCAUGCGGAACUUUGCAUCUUUCCAGAGCUUAAACAUAAUAAUUCUAAUGGUAAGUGUGUGUUCCUGAACUUCUCCGACGUUCCUGCAAUUGGCGAUAAAAAAAUAUGCACACACUGGUAUUUUUUUAAUGUCUGAAUCAUUCCACAUCGGCGUUUAAAUUAAAUUUCCACGUGUUCGAGGAGAGAUGUGGCUUUGUCCUUUUUUUUGUUAUUAUUGACAUUAUGACGCUAGUCAGAAGGCUCUGAUAUAUGAUACGAGAGUUGUCCUAUGACCUUGUUUUAUUCUUUGAAAAGUGAAUUUCGCACUAAUAAAUCCGCCGAUUUAACAGGGAUCAGGAAGUGUUAUUUGUUCAAUAUAUUUAUAUAUUAUAUUUUAUAAUAAAUAUAUAUAUU